AAAUAACAAUCUGACACAGCUUUCAGUGUAAAGCCAAGUAGACAGACCCUUUGGUCCAGUCUGUGAAAGCUAACAACAUGAAAUGUUUGAAGCACAAUAAGAAGAUGCUAUGGAAUCAGAAGGGUCAAGCCAACAAAUAUGCUGCUGUCUAAUGGAACCUUGAAGAGGAUAUUCACCAACUUACACAGUUUUAAAAAGUCAAAGCUUCAUCUUUAAGGACUCAAAUUCAGCUAAUCACUCCCCCAUUAAUGCAGAAAGGGUACCUAAGAUCUACAAGUCAAAAGCAGAGGAAAAACUAAGGAAAGCAUCUUUAGCUCAUUGAUUGAAAAUUUGAAAUCCUUCAUUCUCUGACACACAUCUGUGACAGGGAUGGUUUCAAGAGCAGCAAUAGUGUUACUCAUGGGUCUUCUGGGAAUGGUUUAUCAGGGAACUCAACUUCCCCCUAAUGAUUCUGCUAUUACUCCUGUGGUUUCACCAAGAAUCAGACUCAGAGAUGGAAGGUACAUGGCUUACAGAGAAAGGGGCGUCCCCAAGGAGAAAGCAAAACACAGCAUCAUCAUUGUUCAUGGAUUUGGAAGCUCCAAGGAUAUGAACUUUCAGGCACCCCAAGAACUGAUAGAUAAGUUGAAUAUACAUAUUGUGCAAUAUGAUCGAGCUGGUUAUGGAGAAAGUGAUCCAUACCCCAAACGCUCAUUGGAAAGUGAAGCACUUGAUAUUGAAGAGCUUGCAGAUCAAUUGCAGAUAGGAUCAAAAUUUUAUGUGAUUGGAGUCUCAAUGGGGUCAUAUGCUGCCUGGAGUUGUCUGCACUACAUCCCAAACAGGCUAGCAGGGGUGGCUAUGAUAGCCCCAAUCAUCAACUAUAAGUGGCCUUCUCUUCCUGAGAGUCUGGUAAAGGAUGACUAUAGGAGGAAAUUGGUCAAAUUUUCUCUGUGGCUUGCAAUCUAUACACCUAAACUUUUGCACUGGUGGGUGUCUCAAAAGUGGCUCCCUUCAAAUUCUGUCAUAGAAAAAAAUCCUGCAUUCUUCAACGGAAGAGAUAUAGAUAUUUUAAAAAGAAUUCCAGGGUUCCCAAUGCUUACUAAGGACAAGUUGAGGGACCAGGUAGUUUUUGACACUCUCAGGGGUGACUGGCUGGUGGCAUUUGGAAACUGGGAAUUUGAUCCAAUGAAGCUAAGUAGUCCAUUCCCUCAUAAUAAAAGUUCAGUUCAUAUUUGGCAGGGCUAUGAAGAUAAGGUGGUGCCCUCUAAAAUCCAGAGAUAUGUUUCAGAGAAACUUCCUUGGAUACAAUAUCAUGAAGUUCCUGAUGGUGGCCAUUUAGUUGUACACUAUAGUGGUAUAUUUGAGGCUAUUUUGAAGGCCCUUUUACUCGGGGAAGAAAAUCUUUCAUAUAAACCUAGACCAGCAAUAUCUGUAUCUUGAUUUGCCAUGAUCUCAUAGUCUAAUAUGUUUAUUUUUGAUUUAUUUUUUAGGGGAAUGUUAAAGAUGUAAAGCACAUUCUUUGGUUGAAAGGAGGGAAAUCUCAAAUAUGUAAAUUAUACACACUUUUAAAUAAUGUUCAUUUGAUAUUAUCUUUUCUUUUUUUCUUUGUU